AUGAACACUUAGGAUGAGAUACUUUUGUUAAAGAAGUGCAUCUGUGAAUUUUUAAAUAAAUUACUUCCCACUAUUAAGGAUCCAUUAAUUUUAACUAGAUAAAGACUUAGUUAAUUUAAGACUGUGCUAUUAGAUGAACUAAAAACCAUAUCGGAUGUGUACUUCUAUGUCUAGACACUUUAAUUUCAAGAAGGGUUAGUCUUAAGAACUGAUACAAAGAUUGAACAUGACAGAAAUCCUUCAGGAACGAAUUUAGGCAUGAUGAACUUAAAUUCAAACCCAACUAUAUCAGAAAGAAGAGUAAUUCCUAAUUCCUUUGGUCUAAAUAGAGGAUUAGAUACCUAAUAAAUAAAUGUUGGAAACUAAGCAAAUAUAAAGAUUGAGAAUGCAUCCUUAAACUGUUAGCAAAAUCAAAUUGUUGAGGAUUAGUAAGAGAAAGAAAUUCCAAAGUUGGGCAAAGAUAUAUUUUUUAAAAGACCUUCAACAAGAAAGUUAUCUAUUAAGACUAAAGAUACAAAAUCUAUAGAAAAUAAUUAUAAACCAAUUGAUGAAAUUUAAAAAUUAAAUGUUUAUGGAUAAAGAGCAGAUAAUUUUAGUGUUCUGAAUAAUUAUUCUAAAAAAAUACCCUUUUUUGAUAAAGAGACAUUGCUAACUGAGAUUAAGGAGAGUGAAAAAAUUAUUCGUAAGAACACAACUACUUUAAAUGCUGUGUAUAGUAGAAGUUUUGAAAUUAUGACUGGCGACAAAGAAUAAAAUUCUGAAUAAUUAAAUAGCAUUUAACAAGGCUUGCGUGCAUAAUAAGAUUUAAGAGAAUUAUAAAAUGCCUAAAGGAAUGCUACAUUGAAAGGGUAUUCGAUUUAUGCUAAGAAAGAUAAGGAUAUUGCAAAAUAGAGAAUGGAUGAAAUUGCAUAAAUUAAUGAUAAAAAGAAACUAUAUUUUUGA